AUGGAGGGAGUUGUGUCUGUAUUUCCAAGCAAGAUAUUAAAGCUCCAAACGACGGCGUCUUGGGACUUUAUGGGGCUAAAGGAGGGAAAAGGGACAAAGCGAAAUCCGUCUGUGGAGAGUGAUACAAUUAUCGGAGUCUUGGACGGUGGAAUCUGGCCGGAAUCCGAAAGCUUUUCCGACAAAGGCUUUGGCCCUCCUCCGAAGAAAUGGAAGGGCACUUGUGCCGGCGGUGAAAACUUCACCUGCAAUAAGUAA